GGGGCGCAGCUCUGGUCGCCCGGCUCGGACCCAGAUGGCGGCCCGCGCGACAGGAACUUUCUCUUCGUGGGAGUCAUGACCGCCCAGAAAUACCUGCAGACCCGCGCCGUGGCCGCCUACAGAACAUGGUCCAAGACAAUUCCUGGGAAAGUUCAGUUCUUCUCAAGUGAGGGUUCUGACACAUCUAUACCAAUUCCAAUAGUGCCACUACGGGGUGUGGAUGACUCCUACCCGCCCCAGAAGAAGUCCUUCAUGAUGCUCAAGUACAUGCACGACCACUACUUGGACAAGUAUGAAUGGUUUAUGAGAGCAGAUGAUGACGUGUACAUCAAAGGAGACCGUCUGGAGAAUUUCCUGAGGAGUUUGAAUAGCAGCGAGCCCCUCUUUCUUGGGCAGACAGGCCUGGGCACCACGGAAGAAAUGGGAAAACUGGCUCUCGAGCCUGGUGAGAACUUCUGCAUGGGGGGGCCUGGCGUGAUCAUGAGCCGGGAGGUACUUCGGAGAAUGGUGCCGCACAUUGGCAAGUGUCUCCGGGAGAUGUACACCACCCAUGAGGACGUGGAGGUGGGAAGAUGUGUCCGGAGGUUUGCAGGGGUGCAGUGUGUAUGGUCUUAUGAGAUGCAGCAGCUUUUUUAUGAGAAUUAUGAACAGAACAAAAAGGGGUACAUUAGAGAUCUCCAUAACAGUAAAAUUCACCAAGCUAUCACAUUACACCCCAACAAAAACCCACCCUACCAGUACAGGCUCCACAGCUACAUGCUCAGCCGCAAGAUCGCCGAGCUCCGCCAUCGCACAAUACAGCUGCACCGCGAGAUUGUCCUGAUGAGCAAAUACAGCAACACAGAAAUUCAUAAAGAGGACCUCCAGCUGGGAAUCCCGCCCUCCUUCAUGAGGUUUCAGCCCCGCCAGCGAGAGGAGAUUCUGGAAUGGGAGUUUCUGACUGGAAAAUACUUGUAUUCGGCAGUUGACGGCCAGCCCCCUCGAAGAGGAAUGGAUUCCGCUCAGAGGGAAGCCUUGGACGACAUUGUCAUGCAGGUCAUGGAGAUGAUCAAUGCCAACGCCAAGACCAGAGGGCGCAUCAUUGACUUCAAGGAGAUCCAGUACGGCUACCGCCGGGUGAACCCCAUGUACGGGGCUGAGUACAUCCUGGACCUGCUGCUUCUGUACAAAAAGCACAAAGGGAAGAAAAUGACAGUCCCUGUGAGAAGGCAUGCGUAUUUACAGCAGACUUUCAGCAAGAUCCAGUUUGUGGAGCAUGAGGAGCUGGAUGCACAGGAGUUGGCCAAGAGAAUCAAUCAGGAAUCUGGAUCCUUGUCCUUUCUCUCAAACUCCCUGAAGAAGCUUGUCCCCUUUCAGCUCCCUGGGUCGAAGAAUGAGCACAAAGAACCCAAAGAUAAAAAGAUAAACAUACUGAUUCCUUUGUCUGGGCGUUUCGACAUGUUUGUGAGAUUUAUGGGAAACUUUGAGAAGACAUGUCUUAUCCCCAAUCAGAACGUCAAGCUCGUGGUUCUGCUUUUCAAUUCUGACUCCAACCCCGACAAGGCCAAACAAGUUGAACUGAUGAGAGAUUACCGUAUUAAGUAUCCUAAAGCCGACAUGCAGAUUUUGCCUGUGUCUGGAGAGUUUUCAAGAGCCCUGGCCCUGGAGGUAGGAUCUUCCCAGUUUAACAAUGAAUCUUUGCUCUUCUUCUGCGACGUCGACCUCGUAUUUACUACAGAAUUCCUUCAGCGAUGUCGAGCAAAUACAGUUCUGGGCCAACAAAUAUAUUUUCCAAUCAUCUUCAGCCAGUAUGACCCAAAGAUUGUUUAUAGUGGGAAAGUUCCCAGUGACAACCAUUUUGCCUUUACUCAGAAAACUGGCUUCUGGAGAAACUAUGGGUUUGGCAUCACCUGUAUUUAUAAGGGAGAUCUUGUCCGAGCGGGCGGCUUUGAUGUUUCCAUCCAAGGCUGGGGGCUGGAGGAUGUGGACCUUUUCAACAAGGUUGUCCAGGCAGGUUUGAAGACGUUUAGGAGCCAAGAAGUAGGAGUAGUCCACGUCCACCAUCCUGUCUUUUGUGAUCCCAAUCUUGACCCCAAACAGUACAAAAUGUGCUUGGGUUCCAAAGCAUCGACCUAUGGGUCCACACAGCAGCUGGCUGAGAUGUGGCUAGAAAAAAAUGAUCCAAGUUACAGUAAAAGCAGCAAUAAUAAUGGCUCAGUGAGGACAGCCUAAUGUCCAGCAUUGCUGGAAAAGACAUUUUUAAUUAUCUAAUUUAUUUUUCAAAAAUUUUUUGUAUGAUCAGUUUUUGAAGUCCGUAUACAAGGAUAUAUUUUACAAGUGGUUUUCUUACAUAGGACUCCUUUAAGAUUGAGCUUUCUGAACAAGAAUGUGAUCAAUGUUUGCCUUUGAACACAUCUUCUUGCUGAACAUUAUGUAGCAGACCUGCUUAACUCUGACUUGAAAUGUACCUGGUGAACAAAACUUUUUUAAAGAAAUGUUUUCUUUUGAGACCCUUUCGCCAGUCCUAUGGCAGAAAACGUGAACAUUCCUGCAAAGUAUUAUUGUAACAAAACACUGUAACUCUGGUAAAUGUUCUGUUGUGAUUGUUAACAUUCCACAGAUUCUA